CAGCCAUGUUGCGCUUCGCCUCGUCGUCCAUCGCCAGGCCCGCCGUCGCCCACCGCCGCAGGAACCUCGUCUCCACCGUCCUCCUCAACCGCGACUGGCAGACCGAGUCCGUCGCCGACCUCAAGCAGGAGCUCAGGAAGCGCGGCCUGUCCCAGAAAGGGAACAAGGCUACCCUGAUCACGCGCAUACUCGAGCACGAGCAGCAGCGCUCUAUCGAACACGUUUCGCCCUCGCCCGCUGCCCCAGCCGGCCAGGUCCGGAAGGCGUCCUCCACUAACGUCCCUGGCCUCCCCGAAUCCGCUCAGCCCCCCCCUCCCCCUCUUCCUCAGGACUUUAUAGCUGUCAAGCUACCCGAUCUGUCAGGGCCUGACCCGGAACCCCCGGUUCAGAUUCCGUCCACGCCCGACUUCUGGGAAUCCUCCCUGGAAAAGACCCCUCAUGCGGCAGUUGCUGAGCCCGUCGAGCCCGCGCCGCCCAAGCUGCAUGUCGUAGCAGGCUCGGCCACGCACCACGGUGGUGGUCCAUCCGCCCAGGUCCACGACUCUGAAGAAGUCCCGCCACCACCCGCCCCCGAGCCGGCUCAGCCUACCACUGCCUUGGGGUCCCUCUUCAGGGAUGUUGCCGAAGACCUAGGGCUGCCUACGCAGAGCGCGCGGAAGGUCGUCGAAAGCGCCCAAGAACAGUUUUUGGGCACACCUGAAUCCACGGAGACAAGCGGGGAUGUCAAGAGUUACGAGAGGAAACUCGACUCUAAGGAGAAGCGGGGUGUGCUGGUCCUUGUUGGUUUGCUUGUUGGGGGAUGGUUGGCGGGUGGGCUGAAUAGCUGAGGGCCAGUCUAAUGCUGGUGCUGUUCCCUCUGCUGUCCGUAGCUUCUCCUGUGAUAAUAGAAGGCUAAUUCUAUGUGUCACCCCUACGCUCUUGGAAUGAGCUUAGCGGAUUAUGCGCCCUCUGCAGCGCACUCGGCUUGUUGAG